AUGUCUCCUACGUCCACCAUAACAGCACUCGCGCCGCGUACACCAGACGCAUACACAACCGCCCAUCACAUCGGCAAUCCACCAACGUCCUUUAAAAACCCAUGGCCCUCGUACAAAAACAGCGGCAUAGCCACCGCCGUACGCACCCGCUUCACAACACCCAAAAACUUCGUCCCCGUCCCAACCGACCGCGCCGGCCUCGUCCAAGUCCGCAAGCCCGACUUCAACACCACCCGCAACGGGCUCAAAGCCACAUGGAUCGGCCACGCAAGUUUCCUACUCGAAACAACUCGCUCAGACUCUAGUGAACGAGGCAUGCGCCUCCUCGUCGACCCCGUCUGGAGCGAGCGCGUAGGACCUUACGGCAUGGUUGGGCCUGUACGCUUCACACCACCACCCUGCUCCAUCGAUGACCUCCCACACAUCGACGCCGUAUGCAUAAGCCACGACCACUACGACCACCUCGACUCCGAGACACUGCGCAAGCUCAACACAAAGCAAAACGGAGACCUGCGCAUCUUCUGCGGUCUAAACGUCAAAUCCGUAAUCACAGGCCUCAGUGCCGGCAUCACCGCAUCGCAAGUCACAGAGUUAGACUGGUGGGACGCCGUAACGCUCUCAACACCAGGCGUCGGAAGCGUAGAUAUAAUCUGCACACCCGCCCAACACCGCUCUGGCCGCGCACCCUGGAAUUUCGACGCUACACUCUGGUGUAGCUGGGUAAUCCGCGAGUCUUCUUCUUCUUCUUCCUCCUCCUCCUCCUCCUCCUCCUCCUCCUCCUCGCCAGCAACAGCACCCAAGUCCCUCUUCUUCGCAGGCGACACGGGAUACUGCCACGUCAGCUCUGACGACCAGUACUCGCACCACGAAGCCCCGCAUCCCCCUUGUCCCGCUUUCAAAGACAUAGGCAACCUGUACGGUCCUUUUGAUCUCGCUUUAUUACCCGUCGGUUGCUUCAUGCCGCGCGCGCUGCUGUCGGGCCAGCAUUCUAGUCCAGAGGAUUCGCUUGCGAUACAUAGGGAUGUGAGGAGUAAGAAGAGUGUUGGCAUGCAUUUUGGCACGUUUAGAGGUGGGUUUUCGGUCAAUUACGAGCCGGUUACCGAGCCGCCGAAGCGCUGGCGGAAAUGUGCAGAGGCGGAGGGGUUGGAGUGGGGGGUGGAGAUUGGGUUGUGUGAUAUUGGAGAGACGGUGGUGGUGGAGUAG